CUGAUUUGCAUGGCUGUCUCCUGUCUAAAGUCGUGCUAAACUGCAUAUUUAUCUAAGGAUCACUUUACUCAUGGUUGUCGUGGUUAUUGAAGACAUCCGUCGCCCUUUUAAGCAUUUGUUGUGAGAUAAUUUUAGCUAUAUUUGAAAGACUUUAAAGAUGAAGUGACGCACUACUGCGUUGGCGGAAGUUUAGAAACUUACACUUCGAUAUUUAUUGCUGAAAUGAACCGACAAUUUUGUGCCAGUAAUAAAAACCUUGAAAGGAAAUGGCAAAAUAUGGCUUAUCAGCGACAUCGCGAAAAGAUAAUUGGAUAAAACGAUCAGUAACAGCGUCACGUCUGAACAAGGACAAAGAAAGGCUUAAUACUUUGAAGUCUAUCAAACCGAGAAUUUACCAGGAAGUACAUAAGAACAAAGAAGAAGAAGAAUAUCGCGUGCGAAGAAGAAUAACUCGAGUUUUGGACGAAGAAAGGCGUCAAGAAGUGAUAGCAAAACAAAAUCAAAAAUUUCUCGUGAGAUUGCUUGACAUUAUGGGCUCUCCAAGUCGACUUGACACCUGGAAUAUUGAAUACAUGAACAAGCAGAAUAUUCUCGCUGAAAGAAAAUUGAGGGAAAAUGACCAGUACAUCACGAAGACAAAAAAAUCAACUAUGAAAAAAAGAAGGAAAAUCCACCUGCCUGCAUUGCAGUGAAUGAACUACUGGAAAACAAGAAAAGUUGUUUUUUUACUUCGUUUUCUUCUUUAUUUGCAUGACCCGCGAAACGGCUUCGUUUGUCUCACGUAUAGCGAGUGUAACACGAAUGUGAAUUUUAAAGUUAUGAUUGCAUUUACUGCUACUACUGUAAUAUUCUGUUAACUAUUGGUAUUUGAAUUUGAUGUUCGUCUGCGAUCUUAAAUAAGCUCACAAAACCGAGCCAGCGGUUAGUUGAAAUGUAUCAGUAAUUGUAAAAAUGCAGUUUAUGAGUAAGAUCCACAAACAAAUGCACACCGAUUGCAACAGUUCAUGUUCAAAACAUGUAAAAGUGAAAUGUGGCGACAUUUAUCGUCUGUUAAAUGUUUCAUCUUUAAUUUUCAUAA